AUGUCAUUGACCCUCCGCGACAAGGCGUGUUACUCGCUCUCGCUCGUGCCCUCACCCCAGCCCGACGUGCUGUACCUCGUCGAAAACUAUAAUCCUAGCCAUCCCGUCGACGACCAGCAGAUCCGGUAUGGGCGGGUUCGCGAGCCAUCCAAGGCUGGCGAGGUGUACUCUGCCGCCCUGUAUGACGCAUUCUCACAGGCCAAGCUCGCAUCGACUGGCCUGCUUACUGAGCGGGUUCGCAGCAGGCGGCUCCAGCUGCACGGCCCCGAUGAAGAUAUCACAUUCGAGUUUACGGGCAAGCUGGGCUUUGAAUGGACGUUCCAGUUCGAGGGUAACAAGUACAUGUGGAAGCGCUCCGGUGGGAUCGCAUCCAAGGAUCUGGCCUGCUUCAUGGACCGACGGCGAGACCCCAGCGUCGACGUUGCGCUCGGUCGCGUCUCCGGGCGCGAUCGCAAGCCUGCGCACAUGUCGAUCUUGCACUACAACAUUGAGCGUUUUAUCCCAAACGAUAUCAAGGAUCUGCGUGGCCUUGAGACACUACUUGUGCUCACGUUCACGGCCCUCGUCGACAGCGGCGACAUGUCCUCGAGACAGAGCUCGGGCUCGAGCUCGGCAUCCAGGCCUCAGCAGAACAACUCGCAGAAUAAGCCCCUCCCCCCCGGCCCAUCUACAGCGACCCCAAACCCUCCGCCCGAGGUGUACCACGAGGACGCAAACGAGGUCGUUGUCGGCGUGCUUACUGACCUGGACUCGCAUAUUGACCGCGCAAUCUCACUCCUCGAGGACCCGAACAUGCUGUUCAUCAUUAUCCGGACCAAGGACGCGCGUGCGGCACAGCGCGCCCUCCAGGUAGUCCUUGGCGUCAACCGCUUCCGGCACCGCGGUGAGAAGCCAGACCUCCACCAAUACGUGCUCGAGGAGGAAGCUCCCGAGGCCAAGGGCCCGCGUAGGAUCAACCUCAACGACGCACCCGCCGACGCGCCGACCUGGAAGCCGCCCCCAAACCUCGCCAUCUACCUCAGCACAAUCGAGCUUCCCGACCUCAAGCCCGGUGGCGCCGCGCGCGCUAACAGCAACAAGCGGCCCAAGCCCGUAGCCCAAGUCCGCCCAGCGUCGAUGGUAGGCUCCAUGCCCACCCUCAGCACACCUGUUCCGCCCCAGCACCACACCUCGCCCAAUCUUAGACCUGUGUCCCCAAGCCCAAGCCUUAGACCCGUCUCGCCCAACCCCUACCCCAACAGUCACGUUGGCAUGCUGAACGCGCCCGCUGGCGGCUCCAACCGUCCAGCAAGCAUCAGCGGGAGCGUCCCCAACUUGGGAUAUGUACCGCCCGUCCCACCGCCGUCCAAUUUCCACCCGUCCCCCUCCCCCUCCCCAUCCAACUUCCACCCGUCCCCUUCUCCUGGCUUCCAGCCCGGUCCGGCACCGUCUGGUUUCCAGCCUGGUCCGGCACCGUCUGGUUUCCAGCCUCAGCCCCAGGCGAAAUGGGGCCCGCCGGGGUUCAGCGGCGGUUACUCCGAAAGCCCGUUCCUACACGGCCUGUUCCGGCCAAACCACAAGCACUAG